CUCUAAAGUUUGGUUGGAGAGGACAAGAGCUGUCUAUGAAACUAAAUGGCUACAUGAAAUUCUUAACAUAUCUUAUUUAACACAGGAGAGGUGACAAACGAACUCAUACACAUCCUGUAAUCCUCUUACAGAUCUGGAAAAAGCAUGGAAAGAUUCCGAACUCGACUUAAAGGGACGAUGGAAAGUCUCCCUCAGAGAAAUCACAUGAAGAGUUAGUGGUUAGAGGUAAGUCGAGUCUUUAAGAUGGCACGGUUAAGUGACAACAGCAGAGAGCUCUCAGUCUCCUCAGUGUGCCAGCACUGAUUGACAAUGACGGUUAAUGGCAAUACUUUUUUUAAAAUCAUCCAAUAUGUAAAUCCAAGUGAGUCACUUUAUUGAUAAAUGAAAUUACUCUUGAUAACAGGUCCCUAAUAUGUUUGUGUGAGAACUCCAACACAUGAUCAGUAAAGUCCAAAUCUGCUGCGCUUGUAAUGUGGGUAUGACAAGGAUAAUUCCAACACACAAAUAUCCCUCUUGACCCCGACUAAAUAUGUUUAUUGUUCAUUUUUCUCACGGGGAAAGGAGGGUCAUCCAGCUCGCCUCGGGAUUAAAAACCAACCACCCCUGCUCACCGAGGGUAUAAAUACUGACGCUGCGCCACUCUCUACUCAGUCUUUACGCACAUUCCUGUUACGCACGGAUGAGACUUUGAGACGAGGAGAUACUCGCGUUAAAAGAGAGAGUAGCAAAACCUCCAGAGAGUAAAAUCCCAGCACUGUUUGCUUCACUUUAAAAUCUUUUUGAGAAGAAAAUCAGAAGAUCAUGUCGGUGGUGAGCGCAGUGCCGUUUAUGAAGCCACUCCACAUGCGCUCUCCGGUGUCGCAGGGCCGCCGCCACACGCUGCCGGCCAGCGAGUUCCGCUCCCUCAGCCCGGAGGAUGCCAUCAGCGUGUUCGAGAUUGAGAGAGAAGCCUUCAUCUCAGUGUCCGGUGAGUGUCCCCUCCACCUGGAUGAGGUGCGUCACUUCCUCACCCUGUGCCCUGAGCUGUCUCUUGGCUGGUUCGAGGAGGGACGUCUGGUGGCUUUCAUCAUUGGCUCACUGUGGGACCAGGAGAGGCUUACCAUGGAUGCUCUCACUCUUCAUAAGCCUCAUGGGACCACCGUCCACAUCCAUGUCCUGGCUGUCCACCGGACUUUCCGCCAGCAGGGUAAAGGCUCCAUUCUGAUGUGGCGCUACUUGCAGUACCUCCGCUGCCUUCCCUAUGUCCGCCGUGCUGUGCUCAUGUGUGAAGACUUCCUGGUUCCCUUCUACCAGAAGUCAGGCUUCAAGGUGCAGGGCCCCAGCGAGAUCACAGUGGGGCCCCUCACAUUCAUUGAGAUGUUCUACCCAGUCAGGGGCCACGCCUUCAUGCGUCGUAACAGUGGCUGUUGAGGACAGAAGGCCUUUGAUGUUGAUUCUCCCCGACCAUAAGUGGUGGUGGGAUGCUCUUUUCUUGAAAACAGGAUGAGGUGACGCCAGAGCAGUUUGUUGUAUGCAAGUGACCAACUGAUUGUUUGUGAUCACCGCUGUGAGUGAGACUUGUAUAGCAGACAGUGAGGGGUGUGUUCAGUCUGCAGAGAGCCAAAAACAAAGCGCUGCCAUCCAGCUGCCAACAACAGCUGUUUGGAAAACAGAAACUACAAAUACAUUGAUCUGUAGUUUAGUAUGAGUAAUGCAUCAUCAACCAAAUCUUUAGAGCAACAUAAAAAAAGAAUGUAACACAUUUUCUUUUUUGUAUAAAGCCAUUUUAUUUGAAUUUUGAUACUGUUAUUGUUGUAUUCAAUAGAACAGAGAUGCCUUGUUUCUUUAUUUGCCCUCUUUUUUUUAAAACUAUUUGUUAUUUAACCAGUCUAACUUGGUUUGUGGCUCUGUAAAAAGCCAAUAAAACCAGCAUCUGCCCAUUAUUAUUGCAUGUUGUCCUGCAGCAUUAGAAGAUUACUGUUACACUUUGUAUACCUAUGAUGAUGGUACAACUAUAAAGUAACCUUCAAUGAUCAUGGAGUAAAAUACAAAGGGAGUGACUUAGACUGCACUUUAUUGAUCCCUUUGGGAUGACUCCCUCAAGGAAAUAAUCAAACAUCAGAUUAUAAGUCAAUGUAUUAACUUGAUGCUCGUCUGCUAUGAAUUGUGUAUUGAAUGUUUGUAUUCAUCAGUGACUGCUGGCAGUAUUGUAAAUAUUUUCUGAAAGUCUGUAAGGUGUGUACAGUAUGUGAUAUAGCCUUUCAUAGAAUACUGAAUAAUAUAUGUACACUUAAAAUUACCAUUACAGUAUUUUUAGAUAUCCUGAAAAUAUGUGCUUUGAAAAUCUCUCCUUGACCGUCUCCUCUCGCCUUUUCCCUAGUAGACAAUCACCACCUCUGCCUCCCAAAGUCUUGAAUCAAGACAAAUGUUUCUCUCUCUCUCUUUUUUUUUUUUUUUUUUUUACAAUGCUUUGUUCCUAAAAUAAAAAAAAAAAACUUUUAUUUUCUAGCAUGUCUGCUUCUGGAUCUUUUUAUUUACAAUCUAUUUGGAAAAACAUUUUAAUAGGUAAUCAUCAGUGGAUGCAGUUUAUUCUGUUGUCACUGCAAAUUGCAGAUUUGCAGAAACACUUUAAAGAGUUCAUGUUAUCCUUGUUAGCAGAUGUUUAUCCAUGAAAAUAUAAUUUACAGUUUUUCUCACUUUAAUGUAAACAUGUCUGAUUCAUCAUGAAAUGAAACUCCUUACUGACACACAAAACUUCAUUAUUACUAGAGUGGCAUUUAUUUUGACAACAGCUUUAACACACAUGGAUUUUUCACAUAUAAAACUGAAGCGAAACAGUACAUUGACCAUGAUUUGAAAAUCAUUUAAAAACUUUCCCUUUUUAUUCCAAUAAAUAGGAAAAGGGUGACAUUAUUUGGUCCCAAUGCAAACAUAGCUGCAUACAGUCAUGAUUAAAGAUGUAUGUUGUGGUUUAGAUCAAACACUCACAUGCUCACAUGUCAAAAGGCACAGUAAAGAAGUGUCCUAAACAAGUUGGAUGUCACUGUUUCACACUUUUCCCACAUGCUAUAGGACGGAAGAUGACCUUUACAAUCUAAGUACAGUGGUGUUAUAACUGUUUAAAAUAUCUGAAUUGUCCAACACAACCUAUUCAGCAUGUUCUUUAAAAACUCUCUCAACAACACCAGAUGAUCAGUGAGUCAGACUCACAGACAAACUUGCGUAAUCUCAUAACUCACUUAGUAACUCACAUAAUCCUCCACACAACAGCCAGCUUACCGUAGCUUUCCUAACAGCUGGGGUCAACACAUGCCAGAAUCACAAACAGCAGAUUCAAAACAAGAGCCGGGAACCUGUGAGAGAAAAGUUUCACUUCAGGUGUUAGGACUUGUGACUUUGUUUGGGACCCACUAGGAUGAUGACAAUCGACUGUCGACCACAACCCAAGUGAUCUUGUGUUAAGGUCCAGACAAAAAGAAAUGUGUAAAAACAAAACAAAACAAAAAUAGAAAGGGAACAAGACUUUGUCCAUGUUUAGUCUGAAUGCAUCUGUUUGAGGAAAACCCUGUCUGCAGCAACACUACUAUUUAAAACAGUUUAAAAUCACCUUUCUUGCAUUGUAUUUGUUUUGUAAAUGGUAUAAACAAAGUAUUUCAUGGUACAUUACAAAAACAUUAAGGCUCAGGUGAAACAUAAAUUACCUAUUGUGAUCCUAUGACUGUUUGCCUUCACAGAGUCAAAAAAAUACAGUACAAAACUUGCUUCGAUCCAACACAAACGCCUGUUUCAAUAAUUACUCCUUGAAUAAAUAUUAUUUUCUUGAUUAAAUCUACAAAAUGGUUUAGGCACCACUGUGUUAUUGACUAAUAUGAGACAUGAUAAGUAGAGCUUGACUGGCAGAGGCAUACAGAAAACUAAGUGACUGUGAAAAAAUAACAUGCAUAUGUAAGCAGUAUGUGAUGUUGCUUUGGUAGGUUAGAGUCAGAAAUAUGUUCAUCAGCAUUCAGUAAGUUGAUCACAAGCCUUAUGCAAAAGUAAAACGAGGCAUCUUUGUAAAAUGGCAUAGUAUGUUUAAGGCAACUAGUGGUUUUAGAUAAAUCUUGCCUUAAUUGACCACUGAUAUUUGACUUUAACUAUUCCAGCUGCACAGUUAAUACUUGCCUUUAGCAUAACAUUUCACUGCUCCAAAGAAUAUGAACAUACCAAGUACAUAUGUACAAAAGAGCAAAGAUAA